CAGGGAGUGACGCACAUCUGCCGCACCACCACCUACCCCGCCUGCCCCGCCUCCGACACCCCGGCCAGGGAGGUGGCGCACCUGGCCCACCCCCUGGAGCUGGAGUGGGUCAGCAGAGGGGGGGCAGGAGGGGGGAGAGGGGGGGGGCCGGCGGAGAACAAGUACCCCGUGCUGUUCUUCCAGGUUUGCUCUCUGGACUCGCUCAACCGCUACGCCAGCCAGGGCUACGGGUGGCUGGGGCUGGAGGGGCGCGUGCCGGGGAGCGGGAGCCACGUGGUGCGCACUUGGAGGCCGUUGGGCACCAUACGAGAGGGCCUAGCCCAGUUCUUCAUCGGCGGCUCCCCCGAGCUGGCCGACCUGGCCUACCUCACCACCCCCGCGGGCUUCAACGGACGCAUCCUGAACAAGUACGGAUUCAAAACGGAAUCCGGCGGCGCGAUCAAGGUCCGGCUCAACACGGUCACGCAGCGCUUCGACCCGG